AUUGAGUCCCGCAGUGUGUCGUCACGGAGAGAACGCUUUAGUUUUAAUUUCAACCCACCUCGGAAAGUGACUGCGCCGUGAACUUUCACCAUCCGCAUACGGGGAAAUCUCGUUCAUCUACGUCAGCAAAAAGGAAUAGCACAGGACGGCAGCACCGCUCGACAGAGUAGGGCCACAACUAGCAAACGAACGAGUCAAUAGAAAAGUAGCACAAUGACGACUGUUCACGAAUUUCAAGUGGAAAUGACUUGUACCGGCUGUUCCGGGGCUGUGGAGCGUGUCCUCGGCAAACAGAAAGAAAAAGUGGAAAAGGUGGAGAUUGACCUGGACAACAAGAAGGUGUUCGUCACCUCGGCGCUGUCGGCGGACGAACUGCUAGGUAUUAUAAAAAAGACUGGUAAAGAAACGAGCUACAUCGGGGUAAGGCACUGAAUCUUUCCGACUUGAGAAGCCGAGCGCGGGAUCUGUGCAAAAGUAACGUAACGAUCACAAGAGCGUGUAUAAGGCGCAACAACUAAUCAAGAUGAGCUAUUAUUUUAAUCUUACUUUGUCCGUUCAACUUUUGAGAUCAUUAUUUUGACGUAAAGAAAUAAAUCUAUAUAUAUUUA